CACAUCCUCGCACAGACUUGCAAUCACCUAUUCAUUCCAUUAUUGCUACACUACCUACUCCACUUGUCACCAUUACCCUCUUCCAGUGCGACAACCGCCAGCGAUGGAGCUCCAUCUCUGCACAACCACCCCCUUCUCACAUCAAAAACACACAUUGACCCAUAGAGAUCCACCUUACACCAAGCCACUCCAUCUCCCAAAUCCACCUCAACACUCCUCCCUCCACUAUUUCGAAGAAACUCUGACAAACACAAACAGAUCCUAUUGUGCCUACAAUUAUGCUAUGGUGACCGAAUUAGGUGACAAAAAGGAUGAAUUGCUGAGGUGGAAAUGGGCCAAUGGUUAAUGAAUUAAGAAAACCGAAAAAAAGAGAAAGAAAUAACGAAGAAAAAGGAACUUGGCCCAAAUAUGUUUCAAACCCUAUUUCGCAUAACCAUCGUUAUUCUUUCCCCCACAACACCACACCAAUUUUCUCAAUUCUUCCAACAUCGGCAAUGCUGUGUCGACUGCUGCACCAGAAGGACCCAACCUCGUCUUUGUUCGUCGCAUUACAAGCAAAAAUGGGUGCUUGCGGGGUUGUAGAAUUGAAGGUUACGAUGCCAGAAAAAAUCAGGGAGUAUGUUAUAGUUGUAGAGAAAAUGGGCAUUAUUUUGCGGUCUUUUCGGAGAAAUGUCGUUGACCAUGGUGAAAACAUGCAUUCGUCAAGUGUUUUGAGGUGGAGAGAGACUAAGAACAAAGGUAGAUUAUUCAAUACUUGUACUGCAAGAUGUGGAUAUUGGGAGUGGUUCGAAGGUGGUGAAAUAAGUGCAAUUAGUGGGACUUUGAAGAAUCAUGUGACGAACGAAGGAGCUGAAGAACUAUUUGCCACGUUUCAAUCUCGAUGUCAAUUAUCUGAUCAAUAGGAUGUUAAGAUUUCUUUCAAAGUGACAAUACACAAAGGAAUAGCAAAUGUGGAUGGAGAUCAGAAAGGAAAGGGGCAUGAAUGAAUUGUAGUGGUUAAUUAUAAUGACCUUAUUUUACUUAUGCAUUUCAUGGAUUAGUAGUUUCAUUGGAAUGUAGUAGUUAAGCAAUUUCGCUUUGUAAUUGUAGUCUUCGUAUGAAAAUUUUAUUUCUAGUGUGUUUAUGGUAGUGUUUUUA